AUGGAGACCUACAUUCGGAGUUUAGAAGCUAUGGGUCAGAGUCAAGACACUUACGGUAGUUUGCUAGUCCCAGUUGUUAUAGAUAAGAUGCCAGUUGAAAUUAAGAAGCAGUUAGCUCGUGAAAAGGGAGAUAACAGUGGGUUACUAGAAGAUCUGCGUCGUGCAAUCAAUAGGGAGAUUGGAAUCCUAGAAACAGGUAACAUCCGUAGCGAACCGGAAGUAGAGGAGUUCAGCGCAACAGCGUCAUUUCAUACAGGAGCGAAAUAUAGGAAACCCCCCACGCCCACAAAUCCCGCCACCCCCAAUUACCCAAGACCCUCAACCGGAAGUUCAUCACACAGACCCGAGAUAAAGUGCGCCUUUUGUGAUAGUGACCACAAAUCCCAUGAAUGUAAAACCCACCCAGAUGCAGAAUCCCGUCUGAAAAUAGUAAAAGAGAAACACUUGUGUUUUAACUGUUUAGGCACUCACCAAGUAGCUAAAUGCGGUUCAAGGAGACGAUGCCAAUUCUGCCAGCGAAAACACCAUACGGCAAUUUGCAAAUCAGGAGAAAAGGACAACCAGACGAAAAACGCCGAGACUGCAUCGCCGGAAACAGCCGUACUUCAUUCAUGCACGAGCCUUCCAGACAAGGAUGUAUUGUUAAAAACUGCCAUAGCAACCGUAUCGUCUGUGAAAGUACAGACUGAAGCAAACAUCUUAUUCGAUCAGGGUGCCCAGAAGUCGUUCAUUACGGAACAAUUGGCACAGGAACUUGAACUCCCUAUACAAGGCACAGAAACUAUAUACUUAUCGUCGUUCGGGAGCACUAGCAACAAAGCACAGCAAACAGAUGUGGCUAUAGUGAACGUUGUUACAGAUAGAGGCCAGAAGAUCCCGAUACGAGUAUUAAUAGUACCUACCAUUUCAACGCCCCUCAACCAGAGAUACCAACAAUCAGUGUCCGAUUUACCGUAUCUACAAGGUCUUAAACUCGCCCAUCCAGUUACAGGAAACUCCAUAUUUACAAUUUCGAUGCUGAUAGGUGCAGACUUUUACUGGGAUAUCGUUGAAGAUCACAUAGUACGUGGAAAUGGACCCACCGCUGUGAGAUCAAAGAUCGGCUACCUGUUAUCGGGACCUUUCCAAGCACAAAACAACCGAGCUACAGAUCACGUGUUCAAUGUAAUGGCGUCGCCUAUGACAACGGACGUAUUAGAACGUUUUUGGAAUCUGGAGAGUAUGGGAGUUACUCAGAGCGACGAGAAUAUAGACAAGACACGCUAUUUCAAGGAUUACCAGACUUCAUCCAUAGAAUACGAGAACGGACGGUACACUGCCAAAUUACCUUGGAAACUAGACCACUCGCCCCUCCCUAGUAACUACGACAUAGUGAAAGCAAGAACCGAGAGUACUCUGAGAAGACUACGUAGAGAGCCCCAUCUACUCCAGAAAUAUGACGAAAUCAUUGCUGAACAGGAACGACGUGGUUUUAUUGAGAGAAUUGAUAACGAUACCCCACCCACAGGACAACUCCACUACAUUCCCCACCACCCAGUGAAAAAGGAUUCAGCGACCACGCCCAUUCGGAUAGUAUAUGAUUGCAGCUGCCGCACAUCUACCCAGUUCCCAUGCUUGAAUGAUUGUUUAGAGUCGACCCCACCCAUGUUGAAUGACCUUACCACCAUACUAGUGAAAUUCCGUCUCCAUGGUUACGCCAUCACAACAGACAUUGAGAAAGCCUUCCUUCAUGUCGGAUUAAAUGAAGGAGACCGAGACGCUACCAGAUUUCUAUGGACAAGCGAUACUUCUAACCCCAACAGCCCAUUACAAACUUACGUUUAA